AUGUCAGUAAACGAAACUCCCGACGAAUACGCAACAAUAUUAAGGCAAUUAGCCAACGAAAUAAUGGAAGGACCUUCACAAUUAGAAAAACAAACCGACUUUUUUCCUUUAGAAUUAACAACAACAUCUCCUCUAAUACCAAUAACCCAUGACGAAAUAAUAACAACGACUAAUGAAUUACAAACAAAAAAGGAACAAAAAAUCGAAGAAUUGAACAAAAUCCUAAAAACAGCUA